ACUCCUUUAGCUCAGCCGUACUUGCUUUCCACGCGUGUGUAAGGUUCACACUUUGGUAAAAGUCUGUUUUGAGGGUAGAAAUUGUGAAAAUAUAAGACAUAUUUGUCACCACUAUGGGAGGACAGGCAAAGGGAAAAAAGAAAAGCAAACCGAAAAGGAAAGACAACCGCCCAAACAGUGAUGCAGGAUUUGUUGGCUUGUCACCUCAAGAAAGGAUGAAACUAAGAGUACAUGAAAAAGCCAAGAAGAAGACAGCUGAGAAGUACUCUGUGAGACAGCUCCUAGAAAAGACAGAGGAAUACAUGGACAGCUUUGACUUUGAGAUGGCUUGCCUCUUCUGUCAACGAGCCCUGGAUGUGGACUCCGCCAACCUGCAAGCUCUAGACAUGCUGGGCCACAUUUGCUCUGAACUAGGAGACAUACAGAAAGCUAAGGGAGCUUUUCUGCGUGCAGUGGAGCUGAGCCCAGAUGUAGGCCACAGUAAGUACAUGUACUUGGGACAAAUCCACACAGGCCAAGAGGCUGUGGACUACUACACCAAAGGGAUACAAGUCCUGCUAUCUGCAUUGGACAAACAAGCACAGGCCACACAGGCUCAGGCUGCAGCUGCUGCCCCUCCAGAUGAGGACGCCGAGCUCCCCACAGCGAAGGAUGUUUGUGUAGCCUACUGCUCCAUCGCCGAGAUUUACCUAACAGACCUCUGCAUGGAAGAGGGAGCUGCAGACAAGUGCAGAGAGUUCAUUGAGCGAGCAUUACAGUAUCACCAUGACAACCCUGAGGCUCUACAGCUCAUGGCAAGUUACCUGUUCAGUACCGAGAGAAACCAGGAAGGCAAAGAAUACCUGUUGAAAAGUGUUGGAUCGUGGCUCCCUGCCCAGAAACAGAGUGCAGCUCCUUCCAGCUCAGAGGAAGACAUGCAGAAUGACAUCCCGCCGUACGAGUCUCGCGUCACCACGGCCAAACUGCUCAUCGAGUCCGAGGAAUACGAGAUGGCAGUAGAUGUGUUGGAGGGUCUUCUGGAGGAGGAUGAUGAAGUCGUUCAGGUGUGGUAUCUCUCUGGCUGGGUGUGCUACCUCCAGCUUGAAAAAGCAAAAGAGAGGCAAGACAGAGAGGGAGGAGAAGUGACAGAGGAGGACACGGAGGAGUGGAAGGCAUUGAAGGAGGCAGCCAGAUCGUACCUGACCAGCGCUAAGAAGCUGUACAGUAAGCUGCGAUGUGAUGACCAGCCGAUGUUGGAGCAUGUGGAGCAGCUGCUAGGCAGUCUAGGAGGAGAGCUGGAGGGAGAGGAGGGAGACCCAGUUGUGGAUGAAGACUUUGAACCCUGCAGUGAUGAGGAGGAGGACAAUGCAGAGGCACCUAUGGAACACUGAUCACAGCCCCUUCCUUGUACUCUGUGAAUUCCCAUCAUGUUUCCCUUCACUUAAAGUGUUCAAGUGCACUCUCUAAAGUGCCUUUUGUACCAGUUAUCCUUUCACGCCAGUUUAUCAAAGAUGAAAUUUGAAAUCAAGUGAGAUGCACAAAAAGAGUGGCAUUAAAAGCUGCAGUCUACUCAAUCUCUUUCAGUCGGUUGUUUAAUGCUUUUGGUGAAAUAAGUGCAUACUUGAGUAAUGCCUCCCUUAAUCUCCUUGACAGAUGUUGAUGAAAUAAAUUAGUUUUAGGGCUUUACUUCUUACCAGCAGCAAAAACAAAACACCUUUGAAUGCUUUUACCUCUUAUACGCACCCACGCAUUGAUUUUCUACAAGCAAACACACACGGCACAUGCGCACACACACAAAACAAAGUGCACAAAAGCUGCACGUUAAUUACUUCAGCUCUUCCUCAAUACAGCAGCAGCCGCAGUAGCAGUGUUUCCCUCUCAGCCUGCAGUAAAGUGAAACAUCUCAACGGGAAGUUAUUAUUACUAGAAGACCGUGUCUGCCAACAAACAGUUAAUGUCGUCUUAACAUGUACCGGUUCUAAUAUUCCAAGUUUGUGUGUAAUUCUUGAAUUUUAAUGCUAUUCAGUUUAUUCUCCUGCUUUGCCCCCUACCCCCCUUUUUUGUGUUAACUCAUUGGAUUCAACAAGGCAAGACACAAUAGAGAGAAUUUGACAUUAACUUAUGCAGCAUGCGUUUCUCUCUCUGCUAGACUGUUCAAAGUGGCUGGUACAAAGCCUUUCAGAAAGGAGAAACGGGCAACUCUGACUUCUUUUUCUUUUUUUCAACUAGUUUUCAGAGUGCAGCCUUUUACAAUUCUCAGGCAGGGUUAUGUAGUGUAAUGGUAUGGGUUAGUGUAAUGGAGUGACACAAUAACGAACUGAUGCUUUUCAACUUCUUUUAUAUGUUUUGCAAUUGAGGGCAGAAAGGUGAAGAGCAAGAGUUUGUACUCUGUGGUGGAGAGCUACACACAAAGAAAAGAUAACGUUUGAACAUGGUUUUUGUGACUAACAACAAAAAAACUCAAAAUGUAAGACACUGACAGCAUGACAAGCUAUUGAUUCAGGCCAGAGGUGUCAGACAAAGCCUACCAUGUGACAAAACUGGACACUUUUUUCACAUCACAGACCUUGAGGCAAUACUUCACCCUAGUGUCCUAUAGCAGAGAAAUUAUUCCCCGUUUCCUGCCAAGGGACUACAGAUGAAAAUUAGCUUAAAGCUAGCUCUGGUGCAGCUAAGUAGCUGUGCACUGUCCCUGUUAAAUAAGAUUUAAAAAAAAGAUGAUUUGUAUAUCAGUUGUGUUGUUAUGUUAAAUUUGUGAAAAAGACUGUUUAUCUCCCGUGCCUCCAUGGCGAAUGAAGAAUCCAAAAGUGGUGAUUCUUGAUGAGUCUUGAUCUUGAUGAAUUUAAGUAAAGAUUGAUUGUGUCUAUCAACAGGAAACUAUAUCAGAUCAUGUAUUGACAAACUCACGCAUUCAGUCAUUUUCCAUAACCGCUUAUCCUGUUGGGGGUCGCGGGGGGGCUGGAGCCUAUCCCAGCUGACAUUGGGCGAGAGGCGGGGUACACCCUGGACAGGUCAUCAGACUAUCACAGGGCUGACACAUAGAGACAGACAACCAUUCACACUCACAUUCACACGGGCAAUUUAGAGUCACCAAUUAAUCUGCACGUCUUUAGACUGUGGGAGGAAGCUGGAGCACUUGGAGAAAAAUCACGCUGACAUGGGGAGAGGAUGCAAGCUCCACACGGAGGGGCACCAGGAGCCCUCUUGCUGUGAGGCAACAAUGCUAACCACUGCACCACUGUGCCGCCAACUCUCACAAAACUAGUGCAAUAUAAUCCAGUCUCAUUCAUCCAGUCGUAUGCUCAGUACUUCCCAAACACAUACAUUUUCUCUAAAACCUUACUAAAUAGAACAUCUCCUUAAAGACUGUGUGACUCACGGACAAGUAGUGUGUCUGGGCGCGGAUGCAUGAUAAGGCUCAGUGAAAUGCAUGAGCAGAGUUGAAAUACACACGCUUGCCCAGGCGUGCUAUUUAUAUGUGAUAUGUAAAUAGUAAGGUCUUUGCUGCCUUGCAUAGAGCCGUAUGAUGGAAUCGAACCUGUGGCAGCUGUGGAAAGGACAUGGCCUUUGUACAUGGGGACCCUGCUCUUCCAGAUGAGUUAGUAAGCACCCCAGUUAUUCAAAUUUUUACUUGAGUUAAAGUGCUGGUGUACUUGCCUCUAAAAAUAACUAAGUAACAACACUGCUGUAUUAUUGCUAUAGUGCAUUUACAGACCCUAAUGACUCUGAAACAACCUACUGAACACACUUGUUUGUA